AAUUGUUAGAAAAAAAAAAUUCCAAAGUUACUAAAAAUAUAUGACAAUAAUUUUGAAAUAAUUUUUGAAUAAAUGUGAAAGACAUUGUGGAGUGUAAAAUAAAUUUUAAGUGAAAAAAAAGUGUUUCAAUAAAAAUUGGAAUUGAAGAAUUUUAUAAACAUGACGCUAAAAUAUGCAAUAAUUGUUGGAAGUCUUGUAAUUAUUUUGAGUAUUUGCCAUGUGGAAUGUAAAAAGGCAAAACUUGUAUCACUGGAAAGUAAAGAAACAUCAACAGCAAAUUUUUUUCGACUCUUAAUAAUGAGAUUAAUUUUUGGAAUUGCCGUACAAAUGGGAUGGGGCGAAAGUUUAGCAUCUUUUAUGAAUGGAGCAUUCGUACCACCUGGAACAGACUACGAUGAUUAUGAUGAUGAUUUUCUUCCUGAUAUAUUUUAAAAGAAGAAGAAAAAAAAAAUUAAUUCUCCAAAAAUAAAAAACAAUAAAUUAUUUAAAAUUUGCAAUGAAAAAACAAGAAAAUAAGUUUUGAAAAAAAUGCCAUUUUAAUUUUAAUCAAAUUUCAAUGACUGAGGAGCAAUUUUUUUUUCUUUGAAAUA